CUGAUGUUCAGCGAGACUUCUCAUCUGUGUUCUCAGGAAAAGUUGGAGCGACUGAUACUAUGGAUUAGCAUUCUCGUAAUUGUAUGGGUCACGGAUCUACCACAACAACUUAAAGGUACCAUUUAAAGCUUUCUUCUGAAGUCAAGACAAAGGGCUUUGUCUCAAAGACAUGGACUGCAAAGAGGACAUCAGUGACUCCGACAGUGGCAUCAUGCUACACUCUGGCUCAGACAGCCCCACGUCGCCCAUAAAGGACCUGACCACACACACGCGGGCCAUGCGCCUCAAGCACCAGGCCCUGGAGGAGCGGCUGGAGCUGUGUCUGCUCGAGCUUAGGAAGCUGUGCAUACGGGAGGCGGAGCUGACGGGCAAGAUGUCUCCUGACUACCCUCUGACCCCCGACGAGAAGCCCCCACACAUCCGCCGGCGGAUCGGAGCUGCGUUCAAACUGGACGAGGGGCUCAUUCAACAGGAUGGAGAGGAGUCGGUGCUGAGCUCUCUGGAGGCGGAGCUGUCCCUGCAGAGACAGAUCUGUGAGGCGGCGCGCCGUCUCUCGCUGGAGGAGCACCUGAGCAAGCCGGUGAGGAAGAGCCGCCAGCAGCAGUGCAAGCGCGAGGAGAGGAAGAUGAGGGCGCUGCAGGAGACCGUCUUCCAGCACCGCAUACGCCACGGCUGCGCAUCGCCACAGAUGUGCCACGCCAAACAGAGAGACUUGAGCAUUUCCGAUGACAGUUCACUCUCUGAUGCUGCUGCCAUGGAUGAUGAGAGCGACUUCAGCCCGUCGCUGGCCCCGAGCUCCACCGAGUCGCCGCCGCCGCCCUCCCUGAGCCCGUCGCCCUCGCCGUACCCCUCGGUCGGCUCCCAGAGCGCCUCGGUCAGCGUGAGCAGCUCCACCACCAGCCUGGACUACCAGCGCUGCCCCAUCCAGAACUCGCCCUGGAGGGAGUCCAGCCUGGACCAGCCCUACCAGAAGAACAAGAUGAGCCCCUCGGCCUGCAGCAGCCGCUCCAGCAGUCCAACUGGUACCCUUGUCCAGGCUGGCGUGGACCUGCGUCUGGCCGAGCUGCCACCACCCAUGCAGCUGGCGUCCAUGAGGAGCCUGGCGCUGCUGCCCACCCUGUCCAGCAGCGCCCCAUCCACCCCAGAGCUGCCCGUACGCCGCCAGCUCUCGCAGUCCUUCAGGCUUCCCAAGAGCAAGCCUGACUUAGGAAAGUUCAGCUCAGACCAGGGCCGCGGGCGAGUGAGGGUACCACGGCGACGUGUGGGUGAGCUGGCCGUGACCUCGCCGGAAUACUCGCCUCGCCGCCUUGUGUGCCAGUCCAGCUCCGAGGACAGCAGCUCCGAGCACUCCGUGCCAUCAUACGCUGGCUCACCCUGCCGUGACAACUCGGCGAAGCCCGGGAAAGCCAUCCCGCCGCCGUAUGGGUACCACCUGAGCUCACAGCACAAGGGCAAUGCCAACCCUGCCGAGGCGCACAGCUACCAGAGCAACGGGCAUCAUCCAGCAAUUAACAAUGGCCAGUACCCGGCAACUAACAACGGCCAGCACCCAGUGCCUAAUAACUGCCAGCUCCCAGCGACUAAAAAUGGCCAGCACCUAGUGACUAACAAUUACCAUCUCCCAGCAACCAACAAUUGCCAUCUCCCAGCGACCAACAACGGCCAUCUCCCAGCGACCAACAACGGCCAGCACCCAGUGGCUAACAACGGCCACCACCCGGUAACUUACAACGGUCAGCGCCUGGCAAUUAACAACGGCCAGCACCCAGCAGCUAACAACGGCCAGCAUCCAGCAGCUAACAAUGGCCAGCACCCAGCGGCUAACAACGGCCAGCAACCGGUAGCUAACAAUGGCCAGCACCCAGCGGCUAACAACGGCCAGCACCCGGUAACUAACAACGGCCAGCACCCAGCGGCUCACAACAGCCAGCACCCGGUAACUAACAACGGUCAGCACCUGGCAGCUAAUAACGGUCAGCACCCAGCAGCCAAUAACGAUCAGCACCCAGCAGCUAAUAACGAUCAGCACCCAGCAGCUAAUAACGGUCAGCACCCAGCAGCUAAUAACGGUCAGCAUCCAGCAGCUAACAACGGCCAGCAUCUGGCAACUAACAACAGCCAGCACCCAGCGAUUAACAAUGGCCAGCUCCCCGCGACUAGAAAUGGCCAUCUCCCAGUAACUAAAACUAGCCAGCACCCAGCGACUAACAACGGGCAUCACCUGGCAGCUAACGAUGAGCACCACCUAGCAGCUAACAGUGAGACCAACAACAUUAACAGGAACAACCAACACCACCCAGGGACUAACAACGAAGUUCAACUUCAAAUCAAAAAGAUCAACCAGCAACAUCUGACUUCAAACAGGGAUGCCCAUGUGUAUAAGAAAAACAACAGCCAGCAGCAUACAACUCCCAGCAUCCUCAGGGCUGUGCCGAAAGAAGGGUCAGCUCUCGAAGCGGAGAUGGACAAACUACAUGUGGAUCCCUCUUCACCUGCCAGACCUGUCUCCCAAAACAACAGUUCCCCCAAGGACAUCCCCUCACCCAAAAGGGUGGUCAAGCCACCCCCGCCCCCGUAUGCCCGACUGGUGCGCACCCCUUCGUUGAAGGAGUACCCCACCCAUCUCACCCGGCGACUGUUGCCACGGGAGAUUGUGUGUGAAGAGCUCAAGACGUGGCAUCAGCGCAACAACAGCCUCAGAGGGCCACAGCCGCGUCCGCUUCAGAGACAGGGCUCACUUCGCGUGAAGCCAUCCCCCAAUCGGGAGCCGCCAGCUUAUCAGCAGGCCUACACACAGAAACAGGCGCCACAGAUACUCAUCCUGCAGAGGGCGCCAGACGGCACUCCCCUGCAGUGGUUCGAGGAGGAGGAUGCUGAGAUUGUGAGUCAGGUUUAAGCCCAGUGGGUCCAAACUGGCGCAUGGUGCCCACGACCCGCUACCCUCGUACAAACACACAACCAGAGACUGUUAUUUAUUUAACGUUUGGUUUGAAUGAGUCAGGUGGACUCAAAUAGGCCCUCUGGUGUAUGAAGUGUGAUUACACUGACUGGUGUUGAGUCAUUGAUUUAAAUGGCAUUUCUGCACAAACAACCAAUAUUUAUGAAUUGACAUAUCUUUAAAUUCUUAAAGUCUGAGACUUCAUUGUAAGGCUUGCUGCCGAUUUAUUUAUUUUUUGGAUAUAUUUAUACCCUUCUACAAAAGAUUUGUUGACCAGGCUUUUUCUGCUACCAUUCUAUUAAGAUUUUACAGAGUUUAAGAAUACUAAUUCUAAAAUCCCCAUGUGUCUGGAACACUUUUCUGUAGAAAGCCUGGCAUUAUCUUUAGUUCUUAGAUAUUUCCUAUCCUUUGGCUGCCUCUUAAUUAUUUAAUCAAGUAUUUAAUUGCUGCAGAUAUUUAGUACAAUUUAUUUAAUACCAAUUAUUUAAUGCUUUUGUGUUUGUUAGACGCUGCUAUUGAUUGCAUUUCUGUGCAUCAUACAGUAAGCAUAAGGUUUUGGAAGUACUGCGUGGAUAUCCGAUUGGAAAGCACAAUAGAUGUACUUAUUUCAAAGCACACUGUCAUCUACCCCCCUUCAUAACGUAUUACUGUAUUUUACUAACCACGUAGUAUGAAAUUACUGUUUGUAUGUUUAUAAUAAAAUUAUAUGGUCAUUA